ACACAACCAUAUAUUAUUUAUAUGCCAAAGAAGUUUUCUACAAAUCCAAAGUAAAAGAUAAAAUUUAUAAUAAAUAAAAGAGCUUAAGCUGCUAGAGAGAGAGAAGUGGAGAAAAAGGAAAGUGCAAAGGUAAAAAAGAAAUAGAAGGAAGAAGAAGAAUAUUGGAAGGAAACAGAUAAGAAUAUAAUAUCGAAAUAAGAGAGAUAGAGAUAGAAGGAAAUAGAUGAAGAGAAUAAGAGAAGGAAGCAAGAAGAAAAGAAGUAGUUAUAUGAGAGUGAAAUGAAUUCAAUAGAAUCAAGUAUAUAUAUAUAUAGUAUAUUAUAUAGAUAAAUAAUAUAAGGGAGUAAUAACUAAGAAAUAGUUAAAACAAGAGUAGGAGCAAAGAUUAGUUUAACGUUUGUAGAAUGUAGAAUUAGAAGAUGAAGAGAAUGACAAUGAUGAUGAAGAAGAUUAAGAGUAAUAAAAACAAGAAAAAGAUGAAAAUUAAUUUCUUUAAUAAAAUUAAUAGCAAUAAUAAAUAGAUUUAGAAAAGCUUGAAGAAAUUUGGGAUUCAGACAAAGAAGAUUUUGAUGAAGUAAAAAAUGAUUUAUUAUAAAAAAUAUAGACAAUAGGAAAGAAUUAGAAUCAUGUAUUAAGGGAAUAGUAAAAAUUAGAUAAAGAAAAAUAUGAAUAAAUUAUAGAUGCUGAUGGAAUAGGUCAAUUUCUAGAUGCUAUUGAUGGGAAAGGUCCUUAAUAAUUGGUAUGUAUUUAAUAUUAUAAUAGAAAUUUAAGGAAUAUUGUCGUUAAAAAUUAGGGAAAGUUUAAAAGGAAAAUCCUUAACUUAGACAUUCUUAAAUAAUGGAAAUGAUUUACAAAUAGGUAAAAAUAAAAAAAUUAUAAGUAAAGUGGAAAAUUGAUCCAUUAAAUCCUAAGAACUAAUGAUUU